AUGGAGAAGUUUUCUCUGAAGUAUAAAGUCCUGCACCUCUUUGGAAAUAGUACGACCAUCAUCAGAAAUGUAGCUAACGGCGGUACCGGCUACCGGCCUCCUCCCAGGACCAAGGAGGUGGUCAUCAACGGCCAGACAGUCAAACUGAAGUAUUGCUUCACGUGCAAGAUCUUCAGACCACCACGUGCCUCCCAUUGCAGCCUUUGUGACAACUGUGUGGAGCGUUUUGACCACCACUGUCCCUGGGUGGGGAACUGCGUGGGAAGGAGGAACUACCGUUUCUUCUACAUGUUCAUCCUCUCCCUCUCCUUCCUCACCAUCUUCAUCUUCGCCUUCGCCAUCACGCACAUCAUUUUACUCGCAGUGUCCCAUCGAAGCGGGUUCCUCAACGCGCUCAAAGACAGCCCUGCCAGCGUGCUGGAGGUGGUGGUGUGUUUCUUCUCUGUCUGGUCCAUAGUGGGCCUCUCAGGCUUCCAUACCUACCUGAUCAGCUCCAACCAGACCACCAACGAAGACAUAAAAGGCUCGUGGUCUUCUAAAAGAGGGAAGGACAACUACAACCCGUACAGCCAUGGCAAUAUAUUCACCAACUGCUGCGCGGCGCUGUGUGGACCCCUGCCACCGAGUCUCAUUGACAGACGAGGCUUUAUCCAAUCAGACGCACCGCAGUUGGCACCGCCGACCAAUGGCAUCACUAUGUAUGGCGCCACCCAGUCUCAGCAAAGCCACAUGUGUGACCAAGACCAGUGCAUUCAGAGCACCAAAUUCGUUUUGCAGGCCGCCGCCACACCUCUCCUCCAGCAGCAGAGCAGCGAGCCAGUCAUCCUAACGGCCUCCCCCGAAAACGGAGGCUCUCUACCGGGCCGCACCUCCCUCACCCUGGGCGGCCCGUGCACCUCGCUCCCCCUCGGCCAGCCCACCCCUCCGACGUCCACCCCCAGCCUCAGCUGCCACGAAGCCGCCGACAUGCUGCCAAUCCACGGACACGGCCACAACCACAGCCACCCCCUCCAGGAGCCGGUGGCCCACCACCACUUUCUAACCCCAGAGGAAGUGCCCUCGCCGCCGGGGAUGCUCCACUGCGGCAGCCCCCUGGGCCACAGCCACACCAUGCAGGCGGGCUUCUACAACCCGGCCAGCCAGGACUCGCUACACGAGGACUCUGUCAGAGGAUUGGUUAAGCUGAGCUCUGUCUGACGGCGGAGUGUUUACCCCGUCCCCUCCCCUCUUCACCCCCCUCAUGACAACAUGCAUCCAACCCCAGAAACUGUCCGGUGCCACUUUUGGAUCAGCUCACUCUCCCUUUCUCUUACUGGCUGUGGCUUAAAGUCAGCUGCUAGAGUCGCCGCAGAAUUUAACUGAACGGAAGUAAAAAUACAAAAAAACCUGUUGUCCUCAGCCGAUAUCUUGCCAAAUCUCUCCGCAGGGACUGUGAGAGAUGGUUCCUGGUGUAAUGGCCUGUAUGACAGCUCAGACAUAGACUUGUCUUUGUUUUUUUCUUUCUUUUUUUUUUUUCGUUUUUUGUUUUUUUUACUUCAAGGGAAGCAUAAUCCAUUAGCUCCUGGAAAUUGCACAGGGGAGUGUUUUCAAAGUGGCGCAUGUCUGUGAGCCAUCUCAAGCAAAAAACAACUUGUGUUUUGACAGUUGAUGACAUUUUUGGUCAGAAGGCUGAAUUUCUGUCAACGGAUCACAGGUCUGACAGAUUUUUUUGUAAAACUAACUUUAGCCUUUUUGCCUGUUGCUGAUUGGACCAUGUCUUCUGCCUUGUUUUUUCUUGGACAUUCUCAGCAGUGCAAUGGUUGAUGUCUUCAUGUUGCAUAUCAUCCUGCUUUUUCUAUGUAAAAAUAAGACUGUUGUACUGUACCAUGGUUAUUACAACUCUUACAAAUUAUAUUUCCUGUGGAUAUUAAUAAAACACCAACUUUUUAUAAGAUUGAA